AAUCCUCUUUUUCCAUCUCCAGCACCGGACUAGAUGACACCGACCACCACCCGGAGCGCAGGAUGAAAGCAGCGUUUGCCGCCUAUGAGGAGGCCAACAUGCCCCGCCUAAAACAGGAGAACCCCAACAUGAGGCUGUCGCAGCUGAAGCAACAGCUAAAGAAGGAGUGGAUGAAAUCACCAGAAAACCCCCUGAACCAACGCUUUGCCAACUACAACACAAAGUGAAUGCACUCCCCUUCCAAUAGCCCCUUUGAAAACUGUCUGCCUAAUGCUCAUAGGAGAGACUGCCAUUGAAAAGAUCUAAUAAUUCAUUCUAAUCAUUUCAUUUAAAAAUGUGUGUCGCUGAUGAGAGCUUCACCGUUUUCCACCAAGAAACAACUUUCCAAUGCCAGGUGACUCGGCUUGGUUUGUUUAAUUCACAAUGAGUCUAAUGUGUCACUUCAGCAUCCAUUUCAUUUAAUUACAUACUUUUUUUUUUAGCACUUCUUGGGAGGUGGGAAGCCAGAUGAUUUGAAAGUAACUUAUUAAAGUUCAACACUCGAUGGAAAAUAUCUCUUGUCGCUUUUCAAUGCAAGACUUCUCCUUAUUUGUUGUAAGUAGGCGCACUUACCGAGGCACACACUGAUGUCAAAAAUGUGCUCCAUCUGCUGCUGUUGUGCAUUCAGCGUUACACUUUACCAACUACAUAAGGAGAAAGUUGACUAUAAUUGUGUGUCCAGGGUAGUGCUCACCAUUCACCAGCUAAAUUGGGGGCUUCAAAAUAGAUAUGGCUGCAAAUGACUUUUUUCUGUGCUUUUAGUUAAAUUAGCAAGUGAAUAAACAGUUUCUUUAAAGGAGUUGUUUUUUUGGGUAAAUACUAAAACAUUUUAACAUUGAACAUUGAAGUGACUGUCACAAGUGGAUUAUGAGUCAUUACGAACGAGUCUGAACAAAUACACAUACAAUAACAAGAUACCUGCAAUGUGUUGACACUUUGAGGCAUACAACAACAAUGGCCAACGCUGUCACAUUUAAGAAGAAAUGGCUGGAUAGUCAAGUUAGUUACAAGUGCUUUUGUCUCAUUACCCCUCAUGCUCAUGUAUACUCUUUAAGUGCAAAUGGCAUGUUUUCACACAAGUAGAAAUUGUUCACUGGCUAGCCUCGUCAAAGCCUGGUAUGAUCUUUAUCCUGUUAAUAUCAAAUAUAUGGCACUGUUAAGUAAAAAAAAAUCAUAUUUCUUACCCAUUUUCAUGCCCCUGACAGUGGCUGAAUUUGGCCCCCCUUAUCUCCAAUAGCGGACCCUUUUACCUUUAGCCAGCAGUGACUUUAAGUAUCACAUUAUUGUAAUUUGAUGGUGACUGCUGAAAAAACACAGCUAACAAAACCAACAACUUAAAUCAAGUUAACUGCAACAACACAAUUAUAAUUAGGGAAAUACUUCCUGUUUAUCCCUAACAUGUCCAGCAUUAUUCAUUUAGGAUUUCUAUUUGACAGCUAUCAAAGUGAUUAUUGCAUUUGAUUGAGUUCAGCAUGCAGUAACAUGGAGGGUCCCGUGCUGCUGGUGGUCACAAAGGUUUUCUCCAGCACAGCAACAUUCUCACACUGAGCUGCUGAGGCAGCAAGCUGUAGGCUUUGUAGGUUUGUGUGGUGCCAGGUGGAGAGGCAGGAAGCAGCAAAGAUUGAGCUUUAUCAGUAUCAAAUGUAAGUAACAAAGGUAAAGCAAGAUAGCAGUGCAGAUGUUUGAGCUGCAUUGUGUAUCAGAUACACAAUGAGGCUCAAACAUCUGCACUGCUAUCUUGGGAAAUGGGAGUUAACAGAAUCCUUGAGUCAACCUCACUAUAUGUCUCUCUCCACAAGCCUGAAAAUAAAGGGGUAAAAUACAGAUAAAGUGUAGUCAUUUACAGAUUAAACAUAACAUUUUUGGAAAUGCAGAAAUAUACUUUUUAUUUUUCGGGCCAAUAAUCAACAUGCAUAACGUUUUUAUAUUUUAAAUUGCUUGUACUUUACUUUGAAAGGAUUCAGAUGUGUUUAAUGUUUUAUAUCUAAAUAGCAAAAGAAAAAACAAUACGUACUUGGUGGAGAAACAACACCACUCCUGCUUACUUAAUCAAGAUUUUAAACAACAUUGGUCUUUCAUUAAUAUUCAAUUUGUAUUCAAAAUACUUUAUUGGUCCCUCAAGGGGCACUCCAAAGCAAGUGUGCUAACAACAAUCCAAAGACAAUUCAUGUACAUCAGGAAGAAAAUAUAUUAGUAUGAUGAAUGUGUUAAAAAGAAAUAUAGGUCUAAUAUACAAGUGCAUGCAAAACUGAAUGUGAUACAAUUGAUCAGAAAUAAUAAAAGAAAAUAAGAUUAACAACAAGAAUAUUGUAAUGUUGACAAAGAGAUUAAGAAGAGUGAUGUAAACCAGCAAAAACAUGUAAAAUAGUUUUGAUACAAGAAGAUUGAAAAAUCAACAUUCUCUGGUGCAUUUAGUUCAGUUUACAUGCCAGUUAGAAUGCUGCUUAGCAUUUUUAACAUCUCAUCUGUAUUUCUACUUAAUCCAAAUCUGUAAUCACAGCCUUCUUGUCCAAGUAUAUGUAGGUAUGGACAAUUUCAACAACUGUGCUAUUAAUUACAGUUUGAAGUAUGUUUUUGUGACUUUUUGAUUCCCUUAGUUUAACAAAUAAAGAAAAUCUGUCACACAUUCAGUGUUCUGACUGACGAUAAGAGACACAACACUUUCCUCAGAACGUUUCACAAUAUGUUGAUUCUUAUAUUUACUAAGACAGGAUAACCUAAAAUGAAGCAGAAAGGACUCAACCCUGCAGUAAUAUAUUUAUUCAAAAGGUGAUUAGAAAAAGUUGUUCAUGUUGUUUCAUUUGUAAGGACACAUCUGAGGAGACUUUGCACUCAUUCAGAACCAGAUCUAAAAAAAGGCCACUUUUGUUCGGCCUGGCUGUUGUGGCGGAGGAGAUAAGAGCUCGUCGUGCAAAGGCCUUUGAACCAAAGAGCUUCAAUGACAAGUUCAACUGACCUUUUAUUUCCCUUUUUGCAUUGAAAGAGAAGCAGCUCUGUUUCUUUUCCCAUAGCAACCAAUUGGUCCACUCCCAUUUUAAAGGGAUUUCUUUGAGCCUGUACGUGUGAUGUUCCGCCGUUACACUCUGGUCUGAUGUUCCAGGUUUUUGUUUUUCUGCAUCCUAACCUAUUGAUGCUCCCUCCCACUCUAGGCCAUUUGCAUGGCAACCCUUUACCAGGCCAGCUGCUGCUGCCCUUUUCUUUCUUCAUGUUGAAUUCUAAUCAUUACUUUCAAAGGAAAGCGUCUCCAAAGCCCCUUUAUCAAGUGUUCGCACUGGGAGGACGCAAGCCGCUGUCUAGCGCUCACUCUCGCUGCUCUUCUUCUCAACGCUGUUGUCUAAUCCGGGAGCAUCUCCAGUUAGUGACCGGCUUUUUCAAGACUUGAGAAAUAUAACAAUUGGAAAAAGGAGCUCUGCAGUGAUGCCAUGAGGUUGAUUUUGGUCAAACCCACCAACGCAACUCGACGCCUUGACUCAACGGCUGAAGUUUUCCAUGAUGGGGACCACGAGCAUUGUACCUCAGGGGGUCCAGCUCCUCCGACAAAAACUCCUGACGGGAUGCGUGAUCGAUACUCAGGCACCUCUGGGGAAGCAUCCUCUUCACUGCAGGAGACGUGUCCCGAAAGAUCUAACGGGAUCAGUCCAUCAAGAGAUUCAGCACAAAACCUAACCUUAUCACAGCUGAGCGAUCAGGACUGGCUGCUGCUUUGUGGCCAGGUUAGCAGCGUAGGAGAUGAUUCAGCCUUAGCGGGGAGAGCAGGGACCAGUGUGGAACAUCCAAACCAUGACAGGUGUGGUUGUUCCUGUACAGAUUCUAGCCAACAUCCAGAGGCUUUUAGUUUUCAUCCGCAAUCAAAGCAGGGCACAGUCCAGGAUGAUAGCCUCAUGAAAGUUUCAAACAAGAGAAGCCUUUCAUCUUCACCUUACACCCUGCCUUUCUAUCAAAGCACCCAAGCUUCGACCACUUGCCAGGUGUUGCCACAGCAAACAAACCAAAGGGAUCUUUUAAAACCUGACACAAACCAUACACAGGAUAACUUCCUCCCCCUCCAGUUCAGAGACCAAGAAGGUCGAAAUGAGCAGUUGCAGCAACAGCCUUGCAAUCAUUUUAAACUUAGAGAAACCAACCAAGCAACUUUAUUCAACAUUCCUCUGAACUCCAUUGAAUGUGCCGAGACAAAUCAGAAGCCUGCUGUCCCCGCAGACCUCAACUGGAGAGAGCUUUUCGGCAAAGAGCCUCUGUUAGUCCAGCAACGUCAAAAGCGAGACUCUCGCUGCUCGAUGAAUACUGAUCAGACUAGCAAGACACAUGGAGACCCCUCCAUCGUCCGCAAGUGCCGUCAUCUCCCCUGCAACCCUUUAACCAGCACUGUGCAGAGGUCGUCUACUCCAGCUAGUAACAAAAGUGUGCAGUCCUUCACCACCAGCCAGUACAGCUCACUUGAGAACCAGGAUGGAGUGGCAGAAAGAGCCAGACAGCGACAAAGUCAGACAAACUCUCUGCAGCUCAGUGGAUCGAGGUUCUCCCUCCCCAAACACACUCCUCCACCAACUCAUGACAUCGGGAUCAACGGGAACGCAGUGCGACCGCUAAGCAGCCAUGGCACUUUAAGAUCCAGCCUUUCAGAUCUCCACUCAGGCCAGCAGCCUCUCCAGCUCCUCCACAGUGCCAUCCUGGAGGACGCUUUUUCCAAAGUAAUCAGAGAAGAUUCCAGUAAGGCCAACAGUGAGAACCUGAGCAGGGAGGAAGGCAGCGUUCCACGGAAGAAGACCAAGGACAUUAGCUACCGGCUGGGUCAGAGAAAAGUUCUCUUUGGGAAGCGCAAGCAGCUGAGCGACUACGCGUUGGUCUGUGGGAUGUUUGGCAUUAUUGUCAUGGUGAUCGAGAUUGAGCUGUCAAGGGAAUUGUACACCAAGGAAUCCAUAUAUUCAUAUGUCCUGAAAGGUCUGAUCAGCCUCUCUACUGCCAUUCUUCUUGGACUCAUUGGGAUGUACCAUGCAAGGGAAAUCCAGCUCUUCAUGGUGGACAACGGAGCCGACGAUUGGAGGAUAGCAAUGACCUUUGAGCGGAUUCUCUUUGUAGCAUUCGAGCUCCUUAUCUGUGCCAUCCAUCCGAUCCCAGGUCAGUAUGUGUUCACCUGGACUGCUCGCCUGGCUUUCAGCUACACAGCAUCAGUGGCGGACGCUGACAUCGACAUCAUCCUCUCCGUGCCGAUGUUCCUGCGGCUCUACCUCAUCGGCCGGGUCAUGCUGCUCCACAGCAAGCUGUUCACCGACGCUUCGUCCCGCAGCAUCGGGGCGCUCAACAAGAUCAGCUUUGACACUCGUUUUGUCAUGAAGACUCUGAUGACCAUCUGCCCCGGCACAGUCCUGCUGGUCUUCAGUGUAUCCUGUUGGAUCAUCGCAGCGUGGACCGUGCGUGUGUGUGAGAGGUAUCACGAUGCUCAAGAGGUGACCAGUACAUUUCUCGGAGCAAUGUGGCUGGUCUCCAUCACCUUCCUGUCCAUCGGGUACGGUGACAUGGUCCCUCACACCUACUGUGGGAAGGGAGUUUGCCUGCUGACAGGAAUCAUGGGAGCCGGCUGCACAGCUUUAGUGGUCGCUGUUGUUGCAAGGAAGUCCGAACUCACCAGAGCCGAAAAGCACGUUCAUAACUUCAUGUUGGAUACUCAGCUGUACAAAAAGGUAAAAAACACAGCAGCCAAUGUGUUGAGGGAGACUUGGCUCAUUUACAAAAAUACCAAGCUGGUCAAGAAGAUUGAUCGUGCCAGAGUACGCCACCAUCAGCGUAAAUUCCUGCAAGCCAUCCACCAACUGCGAAGAGUCAAAAUGGAGCAAAGGAAACUAACUGAUCAGGCCAAUACAGUUUGUGACCUUGCCAAGACCCAGAACAUGAUGUACGAUCUGGUGUUGGAGCUUCAACAUCGAAGUGAGGAGCUGGACAGGAGGAUUGUAGCUCUGGAAGAGAAACUGGAUUCCAUCCUUCUCAGUGUGCAGUCGCUUCCCGUUGUGCUUUCUCAAGCAAUAACAAAGCUACAAAAGGAUUUCCUGGACGACUUGGCCUGUCGCGUCCACUUCCUGUCAUCCUCCCUGAGCUCCGAGUGCUGUUCAGUCCCUGCCAGGCAGCUUUGUCCAGGACCCACAACACCAGAGACACCAUACAGCUCAUAAGCCUCACUCUGUGGCUUUCCUUGUAGUCUGGAAACUUUGUUCAUGCUGGGAAGGGUUUUCUCAACAUGCACACUCUUCUUUUAAGUAGCGCUCUGCUACACAUUUUUACAGUUACACAAAUAAACCCCUGAGAGUAAUAGCUCUUACUGAGCAGCCCAAAUGACAAGGGAAGUGCUUUAGUGAGGGGAUUCUCGGCUAAGGGAAGAUCCUUUUUAUUUCGUUUCCUCAGAGGUUCACAGUUACUGUAGUCCAGGACUGGGUUUUCAGCUACAAAUAGACAAACAUUAGUAGAGUCUCUUAGGAAGCAAUAGGAAGAUGAUUUUUAAGGUAUCUAGUCUAAGUGUCUAAGUGUGUUAGUUCCUAAGCAAUUAAGAAAUGAGGAAUGCAUUUUUUUCCCCUUAUUCUCGAGCUAUUUAUUUUUGAUGUCUACUAAUCAACGCUUUCGCAAUAUUUCUUUCUGAAAGAAAUCUAACAUUAGGGAAAUGGAGAUUGUCCUUAAAAUAUGGACAGCACUUUUGAAUAUGUGCAUUACAUGAUGUCACUAUACAUGAACAAAUUAAGGUUAUGAUCAUUAUUAUAUAACUAUUUAUUAUUAUACAAAUAUCCUAAAAAUCCCUGUUUCAGUUAGAAUUUUUUUUCCCAUGAUGACCUAGCAACAGUUUAUUUUAAAGUUGUAGGCAUACAAAUAUUGAGAACCUGCAAUAGAAGUAAAGUAAAUCUAUAAUUAUUAAAUUGUUAACAUUAUAUAUAGCUCUGAAAUCUUCCUUUGUGUUUCACUGGCCUUAGCCACAACAUUAAUAGAACCUUAGGACCUACUUUCUUUUGAUUUUCAUAGCAGCAAAAUACAGUAUCAGCAUCCUGCCGAAUACAAAAGCAAUAAAGACUUUUU